UACCAAAUCUCUCUCCGCGUACCGCCGGCUGGCUAGGACUUCCCCCAGCCCAAUUGUAUCGUUUUCUUGCCGGGACACACCACACCACACCAUACCGUUUCAAGCAGUACUACAGCCGCUCUAAGAAGACUGCAGCAGUCCUCGGUCUUGCGUGAGUGGCCAGCCAUGGUCGUCCAAGGACGACACGCUGGGUUGUUGGCCAGCCAUGGUCGUAGCAGGGGAUCACGUUGGGGGCAAGUCCGCUCCGCGGUGCGUGUCGAACAUACCUAGUGUCCCCCUUGUUCGGAUGCAGUUCGAUUUCCACGGUUCAGCAUGGUCGGGAACGGUUCUCGCAAUUCACCGUGGGUCACCGCUCACCAGGCCGGACCGGUUGAAAUGAACUUAAGCCAAUUUUGAGAGCCGAGCUCGUGAGAGGAGCGCGAGUGCUUCCCUCCGACCUCUCCCUCCCUUCCUCCGCUGACUGAUAUUCUUUUCAGCCAUCGCCAGUGCGCGACGAUUGUCUGUCAGUGCUUGGGCUACUCCGAAGUCAGCUUCUAGUAGCGUCUCUUCCCACUCAUCCUAUCUCCGGAGCCGGUCCCACCAAGGCCGCACAACUUCCGGCGGUUGUUGCGCGAAGCUACACUACUACUAGGAGUACAGAUGCCGCCGCCAAAGUCGGCCGCGAUGCAGCGCCGAACAUGGCUCGCGGCAUUCGCCGCGGCGCUUUGGCUUGCCACGCCCGCCGUCUCCUCGUGCCACGCGGCAAACGUACCGAUCCAUGCAUCUCAAGCCGUGUUUCUCAGCGACUGCCAGAAGGCAUGGGGGACGACGAUCCCAGGGUGGUCCCAGGGAGCCAGCUGUAGCGCUGCUGAAGGUCUCACGUGUGACCCGUCGGGCAUGAUUACCGCCAUGGGAAUGGUUUCCGUAAGCAUUUCUGGUGCUAUUCCUGACAGCAUCUCCUCACUCACUGCACUGACAAAGCUAAAUCUGGCAAAUAAUAAACUUUCCGGAUCUAUUCCAGCUGAAGUUGGAAACCUCCCUGCAUUGCAGUACCUAGUCCUGACGAGUAAUCAGCUUACUGGACCCAUCCCGGCUCCCAUCAGAAAUCUCGCCAACUUGAAAAACCUAUCUCUGAAUGACAAUCAGCUGAGUGGGCCCAUUCCAAAUGGAUUUAGCAACCUUACCAGCUUGGGCAUACUAGAUCUGUCUGCGAAUCAGCUUUCCGGGCCCGUCCCAGCUGGAAUUGGAAACCUCGCUAUCUUGGGAGCGCUUUCCUUGGCGUCCAACUUGUUGAGUGGCUCCAUUCCCAACAGCAUCACCUCACUCAAUCAGCUCUCCAUUCUAGAUCUGUCUGAGAAUCAGCUUUCCGGGCCCAUCCCACCUGGAAUUGGAAACCUCACGAACUUGGGGGCGCUUUCCUUGGCGUCCAACUUGUUGAGUGGCUCCAUUCCCAACAGCAUCACCUCACUCAAUCAGCUCACCCUUGUAUUUCUGUAUAAGAAUAAGCUUACCGGGCCCAUCCCAGUUGGAAUGGGAAACCUCGUUAACUUGAAGGGACUGUAUCUUUGGGAGAACUCGUUAACUGGCUCCAUUCCCAACAGCAUCACCUCGCUCACUAUGCUCUCCGAUCUUGUUCUGUUGGGGAAUCAGCUUUCUGGGCCCAUCCCAGCUGGAAUUGGAAUCCUCACUAACUUGGCCUCGCUUGAUUUGUAUGAUAACCAGCUCAGUGGCUCAAUCCCUGCUAGUAUCAGCUCACUUGCCUGGCUGACAAACCUACGUAUUGGUAGGAAUCUGCUCACAGGCUCAAUUCCUGCUGGGAUCAGCAGUUUUACAAACCUGGAUUCCAUAGGCUUUCAAGAAAAUCAGCUCUCGGGGUCAAUCCCUGCUGAAAUCGGCAGUCUUUCAAAUUUGACAGCCCUGAGUCUUUGCCCGAAUCAGCUCACUGGCUCGAUCCCUGCUGCAAUCAGCAACUUUACACGUCUUCAAUUCCUGCGCAUACAAAGUUGUCAGGUGUCUGGCUCAAUUCCUGCUGCAAUCGGCUCUCUGAAAUCCCUGCAAUUGAUGUAUCUCGGAGACAUUCAGCUCAGCGGCUCUAUUCCUGCUACUAUUUCCUCGUUGUCAGGAACUUUGGGCUUACUGGAUCUCUCAAACAACUCGUUGACUGGUUCCCUUCCCGACAGCAUCACCUUGCUCACUCGGCUCUCCUAGCUAUCUGUUGCAAGGAAUCAGCUUAUUGGGGCCAUCCCUUCUGGAAUUGGAAACCUCUAUAUGCUGACCUCGCUGGAUCUCUCGUCCAACAGUAUCACCGGCUCCAUUCCCAGCAGCAUCACCUCGCUCACUCAACUCGUUUCUCUAAAUAUAGGUGGGAAUCACUUGGAUGGAUACAUUCCAGACUCUCUUGACUCGAUGGUCGUGUUGGAGAAUCUAAAUAUGAGUGGAAGCCACUUGAAAGGGUCCAUUCCAACUACUCUUUGCAACAUGGGCAGCUUGAAGUCUCUGUACAUGAAUGAUAACCAGCUCACUGGGGGCAUUCCGGGCUUCAUCAACCCAAUGAAUCUGACUGAACUGGUGUUGAGUGGGAAUCAGCUGAGUGGGCUCAUCCCCCCCUCUAUUACCUUCUGCAAACAGCUUCAACGUCUGUGGCUCGACAACAAUUCACUGAGUGGGAUCCUUCCAGACUCUCUUGAGAUCAUGUCUCAGCUUACCUCCUUGAGAAUCAAUGACACUAGUCUCAGUGGAACAUUGCCAACGUUUCUUGGGAGUUUCAGUUCCCUCGAUUCACUCAACAUCAGCGGCACAAACCUCACGUGCCCACCGGACUACAUCGCCUGUGGACCAACACAGUCGCCUCAGACAGCCUUCUGUCGAACGUGCCCUUCCUUCUGCAGCACUUGUGGCAAACCAUCACCAGCCACAAACAGCAGCAGCGAGUCAUCUUCAUCAGCAGCAGCAUCUGGGGGUGGAGGUGUAUCGGUGGGAGUCAUCAUUGGCAUUGCCGUUGCGGCUGGGGUCAUUCUCCUACUUAUCAUUGUCGUACUGCUCUACUUCAGGCAGAAGAUGCAGCAGAAGAAGAAGGGCCUGGGUACCAGCCUGGCCGCUGCACACUGCACGGAGUUCUCUCUGGAUGAGGUCCUCAAGGCCACCAAUGACUGGUCGGAGGACAACCAGCUCGGCGCAGGUGCCUUUGGUGAUGUCUACAAGGGCGUGUCUCCCCGUGAUGGCACCACAGUGUGGGCUGUGAAGCGAGCCAAGCUGAUAGAUGUGGACUUCCAGAGGGAGAUCCUCCAAAUGGCCGACAAGAACCAUCCCAACAUUGUGCGGCUGCUCGGGUUUGCGGUUGGAGGGGACGUGAGGUCGAAAAUCGAGCAGAUCUUGAUCUACGAGUUUGUGUCCAAUGGCGAUCUCCACAAGUGGAUUGAUCGCGAUGCAUCCAAUCCUCUAAGCUUCAAGCAGCGGCUGGACAUUCUCAUUGGAAUUGCACGCGGCUUUGAGUACCUCCACAGCUUCGACAUUGUCCAUCGCGACAUCAAGCCGGCAAACAUCCUCAUUACUGCUGACAUGCAGGCCAAGAUUGCAGACUUUGGGCUUGUGAGGGCGGGAGAGGGCACCACAGUGGGCGCUACUCGAGUCAUGGGAACGCCGGGCUAUCUGGAUCCAGUUUACUCCAGGACGUCACUGGCAACUUCUGCCAGCGAUGUCUACAGCUUCGGUGUGCUCAUGCUUGUGGUCCUCACGGGGGAGGCUCCAAUUAUUGAGUCGGCUGGAGAAACCAGGCAGAUCACUUCGUGGGCAUCCGAGUGUGAGGCCUUGGGUGACUUGAAGAGCCUCACUGACUCCAGAAUAGAGGCCCCUGGGGACGCUGUGCUGCGUGUGACUCAGCUGGCGAUCAGCUGCACUGUGGAGCGCACUGCAAGCCGGCCAAGCAUGGCUCACAUUGCCAACGAGCUGAAGGCCAUCCGGGAUGAGGUGGCGGGGAAGGAUGAGCUGAGCGCUGCGGUUAAGGUGGAUGCGCAGGUGCAGGAGAUGAAGGAGGCAUUUGGAGAUGUGGAUGCGUUUGAGGAGUCACUCAAGAUGAUUGGGGAGAGCUUCUCCAACGAAAACCAUGUUUGAAUUCGUUAAGGGUGUGAUACUAUAGUGGAAGCCGGCUUCAGAUUUCUCUGCUUGCCUUCUUGUUCUACGAGGUGUUUUAUUUUGUUGGCAUCUUGUCAUCUUAUAGUAUUGAUCAGGACCUCAAAUAUCAGGGUAAUGUUAGAAUAGCAGAAAUGAUUGAAAUGAGAAGUACAGAAUGGUUUUGACCUAGUGAGUUGUACUCCCUAAGGCAUGCCCCUAUCUAGGCUAUAUGAACCAGGCCCUCAGAUUCGUUUUAG